AUGAAUCCUAUUAAUUCCAAUAAUACUAACCCCCCUGCAAAGAAGAAAAGUACUUCGUCGAUCUCUUCAGAUUUUGGAGAUAAGGUUUCUGCUAUUCCCUCGGGUAAUUUGAAUCAGGAGAAUUUCUUGAACUUCGAUGAUCAAGUGUUACCAAAAUCAUCGUCUUCUAACAAUUAUACGACAUCAUCAAGUACAAAAUUAUGUGAUCAUCCUGAAAAGGUGUUAUACGACACAAAGAAAAAUUCGAGUUCUAAAUCGUCGUCUUCA